AUGAAGGUUGACAAUUUGGCCAGGGUUUCUGUUAAAACAGAUGAUAUAUCAGUGAGUCACAGACAUCCUGGACGAGUAAAAUCGUCUGGCGUUAAGUCGGGUUUCCGUAUUGUCUUAACGGUCGUAAAGAUGGAGUCACGACUCACGAUCUUUAUCAACGGCCGGCCGGAUUAUAAUAGUUUUUACCUGUAAGCCACGUAUAAAUCAUAAGUAUUCUCUCUUUAUAACAACAUGAGCUCCACCUUUGAAUUUACUAUAUGAGUAAAUUCUUAAACACGUCGACCGAAUUUAUCAUUAUGAUAAAUUCGCGGCACAUUUUGAAUUUAUCAAUAGAGUUAAUCAUAAAACCACAAGCAUUGCACAAGGUUUCCAGUUAGAAAUGUAAUGGCACUAAAAGGGAGGCUGUUCGCGCAGGGUUGGGAAGUUUUUCAAAUUUUUUAAAAAAAUAGUUUUUAAAAAAGUUUUAAAAAGUUUUAAAAGAGUUUUGAAAAGCAAGAAAAGUUUAAAAAGUUAGAUUUUUAAAAAAUUUAAAAAAAUUUAAAAAGUUAAAAAAAUUAGGGUUAGGGGUUAGUGGUUAGUGGUUAGGGGUUAGGGGUUAGGGGUUAGGGGUUAGGGGUUAGGGGUUAGUGGUUAGGGUAGGGGUUGGAGUUAGGGUUAGUGUUAGGUGCCGCUAAUUUAUUAUUAUGAUAAAUUCAAAAAUUGCCGCGAAUUUAUCAUAAUGAUAAAUUCGGACGUGUUUAAGAAUUUACUCAUAUAGUAAAUUCAAAUUUAUAAUCACUCAGCCUAUUUCCAGUUCUAAAUUGUUGUAUUUCUAAACUGUUGUAUUUCUGCAGAUUGUUUGGUAUGGUUCAACCAUUUAUUUUGGAUACUUGCCGGUUUUGCUAGCCUGAUGCUUUGUCACCGUGUAUAUGUCUCUGUCUUGCUGUUGUUGUCUUCUUUUGUGCUUUUCCUCUAAUAUUUGUACUUUCUGUUUCUUAUUUUUGUACUUUCUCUAUGUAUAUAAUCUAAUAAAUGUGAGGCCUCCCCCCUGAUACGUUCUGACUUUUGGAGCAGGCAUUUUGAUAAAGUUUAGUUUAGUUUAGUUUAAUGAAUUUGUCAUAUUUACAUAGAACAAUUUUACAAUUACAACUGACACUAGAACAAUAAAAACUAACAAAAUAAUUAGUACUUGUGACAGGAGUCUGAAACAGAACUUGCGUCCCAAUUGACAUCAAACCCCUUUAUGAUUAGUUCAAGUAAAAACACACACACACUUAACCGGAAACUAUUCCGGCGGGCAAUAAGUUGAUAACAUUGUCUUGAAUAAAGUAAACAGUUCCGACUUAAAGGUGGAUAAUGUUCCACACGACUUUAUCUUAGGAGGGAGAUUGUUCCAUAAUUAUCUUGGGGAAUAGGAAUUGUGAAAAUAGUCCUGCUUAGGCUAUACUUGUCUAUCGGGAAAAAUUGUAUCGGAAUUUCGAGUAUUGUAACGAGGAAUAAAGCUUUAUAUAUAAAAAACGAGAAUGACGAGAAAGAUCGUGCAUGACUCAAUCUUUCACGUCAGGUACGACCCAAUCGAAACCAGGAAUCAGAGUAAGAUAAUAAAAUAUAAUGCAAUGGGACGCAGUGCAACCAGAGGAGGGUGGAAGCUCUUCCCAGCAUGCAUUGCAACUCAUUAAUAUUCACAAUCAUGAUUUUUCACAAUGUUAGUUGGAAAAGUUGUGGAUAUUUAUUUCGAUAUUUCGCCACGAAAAGUUCGUAUUUUUGAAGGUAAGUUUUUAUAAUUGUUUUAAAUAUGAGUCAAAUUAACGAUUUUUGCUUUAUUUGGUGUUUUAACAACGUUUAGUUAUAUGUUAAUCGCAAUUUGUAUUGACCUGUUUUCCGGGUCAAUGCACAAGUGUCAAAAGUGGCUUUCAAAACCGCUGGGGACAAUUGGGUUUAUAAAUGAGUAAAUUAAAUAAAAGACACGCCAUGGUAUUCAGGAAGAGUUGUUCUUUCUAUGAGAAGUUUAAAAAAUGAAUUGUCCCCAUCAAACUGACGAGUAAUCGCGGUUUGAAAAUGGGGCAUUUUCGGUAUACUAUGUCGCCUAUCGCGGGAAUAGUCGACUGCAUGGGAAUUAUGGCGCGAGGAAAAUUACUGUACGAGUCGUUAUUAUUUUUGUUUUAUUUCGAAGCAUGCGCAUAUAUGUCGAUCGUUGUUGAGUUUAACUGCUGCUUUUAAGUUAAAUACACUGUAUUUUACCAUUAUUUUUAUAGAAUUCGAAUAUAUUUUGUGAAAUGGAAUCUGAUAAUGAUGGCAAUGUUGUUUAUAUUGUUGAUCCUAAGUAUGGGAAAAGUUGAACUUAUGAAUUUAAUGCUGAUUUAGAACUGUUAUUGAGCAAACUGUUCCUACAUCCUGCUUUGGCAAAUGGUAUAACAUCUAAUCCAGCCAAGUUGUGCUCAUGAUCCAUUCAACUGAUUCAAGCAAUGAAACUAUUGAACCAGAAUAAUAAGAGCAACCUGUUAUAUAAAUUUGCCCAUACCAGCCUUUCAAUAGAUACAUAUUUUAGUAGACAUUUUACAUGUAAAUAUUGGUGAAUUGGUGACAUGAAAAUGUUGCAAUGAAUCUUAAGUAUUUACUUUAUAUAUUGUAACUUUGAAUAAAGCAUUUUAUUAACAUCAAUUAUGUAUGACCACUGCAUUUAUAUGACCAAUAUCAGGGGUGGAUCUACUGGGGUGUGUGCACCCCCCACCUAGCCCUGGCCAGAGGGUAUGCAGGGGGGGGGUAUUUUCAUGAUAAAGCAAAAAAUAUUAGAGACAAAAUGAGUAAUUUGAGUAAUAACAUGAUGAUAAGUAAACUGUUUGUUAACAACAAUUACAAUACAGUAGUCAAGCAAGACUUUGCUGUAGUCAAGUAAGUUGAUGGGUGGGUGGCACACCUGACUGACACAACUCGGCACCAGAGCUGGCAGAGCACCCACCCUACCACAUCGUACUGGAUCCAUCUUUAGAUCAGUGAUCCAUCUGUGCUAAAUAUACAACAGUUAAAACAGUGUUAAGAACACAUGCACAAGGUGCACUAUAAGAUAAAGUAGGGAUUUGAUGACUGCAGUAAACAAACACAGCAAAUUGAGUUUGAAAACAUUUAUUUAUUUGAAAAAGGAAUGGUAAAAUUAUAUUUAACAAUUAUUCGCCGAAGGCGAGGUGAUUAUCAGGGAAUAUUUGCUGAGGUGAAUAUUCCCAGAUAAUCACAGAGCCUGAGGCGAGUAAUUGUUUUAGUAUUUUUGCACAAGUUUUUUUGUAUUUUUCUGGUCUGAAUUCAUUUUAAUUUCGCUUAUUUCUUUAUUACUAACUUCAACAAAACAGCUAGCACAUAACAGAUUAAUACGUCAAAUUUGGCCAAUCACCUUGUAGCAUUUGUUAUGUUCACUUGUGCAAAAAUACUAAUAUUUACCUGAAAUAAUAACAGUGUUUUAAUAGGAAUAAAUUUAUAUGAAAAUCUCAACUAAAAAUGUCUUGCUCAUGUUCUACUUUAAAUUUCAACUUGAGAUUUUUUGAUCAUCUAUACAUGAUUAUCACAAGUUGCAUGGUAUCUUUGUUCUCGCCAGGAACCAGCUACAACAAACUUCUCAGGAUACAAAGUGUCCUCCACAAUCCUUGUCUUAAUUCUGAGGAUACAAUGUGUCUCCUCCACAAUCCUUGUCCUUCAGAAUCCUUGUCUCCAUCAUUCUCCUAAUCAGAGCUUGAAUCAUUCAUGUAUUUAGCAUCACCAGUAGCCUGUUACACACCCAACAAUUGGGUCAACUGCUGAAUUUCAUCAAUCUUGUCCAUGUCUGCAACUCCACCUUCUGCACCAAUACUUUCAACAUCACCAGGCAUCUCUUCACCAUGAAUUUUAACCAGACACAUAGGAUUUAAUGGCUGUUUAAUGCAAUUGCAUAACAAUGGCUCAUCUAAAUUCACCAGUGGUAGGUCAUUCAGUAUAUCCUCUAAAAUAUCCAGCUUGGGUGGUCAGAUUGUUACAGAAGUUGGUGAUGGAAUAAUGUUAAACUCCCACAACAGAACACAACAUAAUUACUACAGGUAAAAAAAGAUUUGAUGCAUUUAUACAGGGACGUUGGAACAAUAAAAAGGCAAGGGCACCUUUAUAAUUAUGUGUUGACUUGCCAAUGAAAGCCUGAUUGUGCAUGUUCCAUUGACGAUAGCUGUUCUGUGUUCUGGAAAUAAAGUCUACUCAAGGAACUAUAACUGCACAAACACACUUAAUCAGGUCACAUUCAAGUUCACACCUCAUGACUUUGCCCAAAACUGGAGAUAAGAUUUAGCAGGCAGAAUUUCUAUAACACAAAGUGCACUUCUGCCCCCCUUGCCCCUCCUCCCUGCUUUUAUAUUAAAAUAGAUUUGACUCACUUGACAUAAAGUCAUAAAGUCAAAUACUUGUAGUCUUGUAUGAUUUCCGAGUAUAAAUGGCCCAUUUUCCCACCAAUUAAAUCAUAAAAUAAUCGUACCUUAAGGUCACAACUAGAAUAGAUUUCUAUCAAUGAAGGACUAUCGCAUUCGGCGAACAUAUAAUAAGUCAACUUUUACGCCAAAGCCCAAAUGUUGUCGUUAUCCAUAAAACUAGAAGUUCGACAUCCCUUCACGAAGCAGCUCCAGUCGCUCUUUCGACACACAAUGUACAUAAAGAUUGUCACGUCCAUCCAAAUCAGUAGCUUUGUUGCCACGAACAGUACGAAAAUUCGCCAUGAUUUACAAUUUUCAAUUUGUACUUUUGAAUACCGCUCCUUGUAAAUUGAGUAGUAAACACAACGAGAGCCAGUCGAACAAUGACGGCGCGUCCCGGGAAAUCGAUAAUAUGAAUGAGUUACAAUGCAUGCCGGGAAGGGCUUCCACCUCCUCUGCAGUGCAACUUAAUGGUUUGACUAUAGACACAUGGGCAGAUACCCCAUGACGAGUAAGAUUGGCAUUGCCAUUAUAGAGAGUAAAAUAAUAAAGUAUAGGGUGCAUUAGGGCGCCAGAUAAUGGCUGGGUUAGCCUAAUAACACAGGUAGAUGGAUAUUGCCAAGUAGAUGGGUAAUACGAAACCGUGUAUUUUACAGAUAUCAAUUUACUGCAACACACUCUGAGGAUUAAUUUUAUAUAAAGACAAGUGCCAAUAUCUUUUAGAGAAAGAAAUGUAAAAAAAAAUCAGGGCAUGAACUUGUCCAAAAGCUAGAGAUGCUAGAGGACGUUCAUCCUGUUGUCGGAGUACAGAAAAUUAAUAUAUAAAUUUUCAAAAUAGUAUUAAAACAAAUAAUAUGCAAUUGAUAAAGCAUUUUUUAAAAUUAUAUAUAUCAAAUACCCUUUUGCUCAUGAGUUGAAUAUAACGAAAGUUGGCUCACUUUGUACAACAAGACUUAAUUUAGAAACCUUUAAAUACUCGUGGCUAAAACAGUUAUCAAUUAUAGACCUGGAGCGAGGGGGAUUCGGAGAAAUAUUACCCUCAGCGAUGAUAUUUCCCAAGGGCGCAGCCCGAGGGAAAUAUCAUCACUGAGGGUAAUAUUUCUCCGAAUACCCCGAGCGGAAGGUCUAUAAUUGAUAUAUUAUACCGAAAAUUUAAACAGGGUUGGAUGUUAAAAGGUAAACAAGUGCAUGAUUUUGGACUUAACGGAGGUUGCAACUUAUAAUUAAAAACGUAAUAAUAACACUUUUACUUUAUCAAAUCCAAACUUGUCCAAGUAAUGGUGUCUUAGACCAUUUGCUUUAUACUUUGAGCCGUCUUUCUUUUCGGCGUUCGCAUAAAAUUUUGCCAGACUUUUAUCCAGAACUUCUUUGUCUUGUAACUCGGCUACAUUUCCGGCAGCUUUUACAAAUGCUUUCAAUGCCGUUUUAGUACUUUUGGUCGUGUUUUAGAAUGUCUUUCGUCUAAAAUUCUGGCAAUUUCUAGAUCUUCUUCCGAUGCAGAAUCAUGGCUGGCCAUUUUGAAUGAAAUAAAUAACAAUUUCCCGCUUUUUUCUCUACACGUCAGUCUCGUGAGUUGCGUGGCUUCCACGAUUUUAAAUAUCCACCGCUGUACCGGUGAAUACGAGGUGGGCGCUGGUCAAAAGGACUGCAGAAAUUAAUAUCCACCGCUCUACCGGUGAAUACGAUGUGGGCGCUGGUCAAAAGGACGGCAGAAACUAAUAUCUACGAGUAGAUGUCGGAAUACGACGAUAUAUUUCAUCCUCACGUGGGCAAAAUGGAGCAUUUUAAUUGGACGUUUUGAAUUUGAGGUAUAAUAUAUAUAUAUAUAUAUAUAUAUAUAUAUAUAUAUAUAUAUAUAUAUAUAUAUAUAUAUAUAUAUAUAUAUAUAUAUAUAUAUAUAUAUUUGUAACCAUUUCAAAUUUUAGAAAUUAAUUUUCGAACCUGUAAACAAUUUGUGGAAGCUUUUCAUUGUGUUUUCUCGUUCGCAAAACGUCGGAAAUUCAGUUUGAGCCGCCAUUUUGUUUCUCUCUUCUAAGCAGGAUACGAGCUAAUAUCCUGCCCAUACCCACCAGACCUUGUGUAUAUAAUAAUUAACAAUUACUCGCCUCAGGCUCAGUGAGUCUUAAUAUUUUUCUUAGUAUUGUCUUAGUAUUUUUUCACAAGUCUGUUGUGUUUUUUGGGACUGAAUUUAUUUUAAUUUCGUUUGUUUUUCUUUAUCAGUAACUUCCACAAAACGGCUAGCCCUCAUUUUGCUUAUCUCGGUUUUGUUAUAUUCACCUAUACUAUAGGUGAAUAUAACACCAUAAAAUACUCAUUAAUAAUUCAUAAACCUUGUGGCAAAUCAUGUCAGCUAUAAUAUGUCACGUGGAGUGACUUUUAAUAUAUCUGAUAGAGCAUAUCAUGUGGCAUUAUAUAAUUGUUCAUCCAUCCUAAUUAGUAUGAUUAUAUAAUGUUCAUCCUAAUUAGCAUUCUUUUGUACUCGUAUUUUAAGCUAUUCAAAACACUCGUUGUCGUGUCACAGUUUAUCAGACAUAAAACGCUCGGCUGCGCCUCGCGUUUUAUAUCUGAUAAAACACUCCUACUCGUGUUUUAAAUAGUACUUAAUACGUCAAUUUUGACCAAUCAACUUGUAGGAUUUGUUAUAUUCACUUGUCCCUUGAGUUCAUACACAUACAACGCAUGUGUAUAUAAGUAUCAAGUUUCGGUAAACUUUCCGACUCGCAAUUUUACAUCAAGAUUGAGUGGCUAAAACUUUUACAACACUGGAAGCUUGUAUGCAGACUGAAAUCGCAAUGCCAUACGUUUCCCAAAUGAGCAACAUGCAAGCAUUUGUGAAAAUGUUCGAAAAUUGGAAGAAAUUUAGAUAAGGUGGAAAUUAAAAAUGCGAUUUCAACCGACUACUUUAAAUCAGAAUCUAAAACAAAUCAGGUCUUGUUUAAUUUGGUCAUAGUUUUAUCGCAAUGAUUCCAUAAAGGUGUCAUUUGACAGCUAAAAGCCUGAUCUUUCUAAAUACGAAAACAGGAAACCUAUAAUUAAUAUACGAUAAGCUGUCAAAGUUGUAUUAUAUUAUAUAUACUAUAGAGAUUAUUUUUCAGGUAAACUUGAUUAAUGAAGAAAAUUGAAGUUUCUUACUUCUUGGGCAAAUACAAUUUGUUGACAUGAAGUCUUUCGUGCAAGCACAUGUGCAAACUUUAUAUCGACAUAGUCCUCCAUUUAAACACGGCGCAUUACAGCAUGACGAUCCCUUAGGAAAGAAAAAAGUUAGCCAUGCUUUUCGGACACAUUGAAUUGCUUAAAUUGUCUACCUACAACUUGCCUACGAACCUACCUACCCAUACCUGCUGUCCCUGCCAACCAAUCUAACCACCUACCUACACCUGCCUAUCAACCACCCACCCAUGCUAUCACCAACCUAUAGCAAUCACCUAUACCCACCUACCUACCUACCUACCUACCUAGCAGUACCAACCCGCAUUACUACUCAACUAUACCUACCACCUACCUAGCAAUCACCUACCUACCAACCACCUACGUGUACCAACUAAUACCUAUAACUUACCUACUUACUACCAUAAAUAAUUUUAUAAAUAUCCUACCAUGAAAUAAUAUGUUGAGUUACUGUCUUCCAAAAAGAGUCCCAACAUAUUUAUCUUUGAUGAUGAAUACAGAAGACAAAACGUUCCCGUGCAAUUUGUGUUUACUCCGACAGCGAAAGAUCGACAUCCUUUAGUAUUUAAACAUUUAAAGAAGCAUUCCACCUUGCCCAUGUUACAAUACGUCUCAAUCUCACCGCUUUUAAAUCGUGUGUCUGAAUUUUAAAGUUAUAAUAAUAAUUUAAUAGUUAGUUUCGGCACAUCAUUUUUUUCUUUGAGAGACUGACAGUAUCAUUCCAAUCAUUGUUAUUGAAUUUUUUAUGUUGCCAUGCAAAUACGUAAAAUUAAGGCAAUAAUUAAGCAGAUGUCCUUAAAGUAUCUACCCUCACUGGUGCACGAGGAAGCUUUAUACUGCCCACUUUACUCUGCAGUCUACAAUGCUACUAUCCCAAUAUUACCAUUAUCUUGAGAUGACCGAAUCUACAUGUUCGCCGUUAUUAUCUUUUGUUUAUAAAGUUUAUAUUGGCUUUUCAUCACGUAUGCGUGACAGGACAGUUGCUGUAGCACAGCACAGUAAAUUUGCUUGUUAAUAGUUACGGGAACCACUGAGUAUUUUUAUAAAAUACAAAAGAACAGUAACUCCAAAUAACAUUUUGUAGCUUUAAUGAAUCAAAGCUACAAAAGCUACAAGAUUCAUUAAAGCUACAAAAUGUUAUUUGGAGUUACUGUUCUUUUGCUUGUUAAAGUACUGCAGUGUAUAUUUGAAAAUAUGACUGUAUAACAACCUUGCCAUGUUUACAUAUUUAACCAUGAUAUUUAAUUAACUAAAGCAUUCUAAGUAUUUUCUCGUGACCUCACAAAUCAAUUAAAUCGUUUCAAGAAAUCGUCACGCGUUAACAGCGGUUUAUGCUAGUCGCUGUUCCAUAAGCAGAAAAUGUAUUGUCAAGGAAUAUUUUUUACAGUGGUGCUGGACUUCUCUAGGGGGUGCUAGACACCACUGGGUGGGAUGCACACCACCCUGUACCCUUACUGCUGAUCUAAAGCAGUUAACUAUAGCUUUAAAAUCUCUUAACGGCAUUAUACCUUUGAACGUAGUGACCCGAACAACAUCGCACAUCCCAUCGUCUAAAAAAGCAAAAAACAAACUCCGAACUUGCAACUCCGAACAUAGAAGUUGGAAGUUAAAACUAAGACCUCUUUUAAGAAUUCGUCAGAGGAGCUAGCUUACUAUCAGGUGCAGCACUGGAAAGAUGCGAACUUGUAUUUGUGUCCAUACCCAGAAAUUAUUUUCUAUUUUGGGUAUAUGGGCCUGGAACGUGAUUUUCAGCAUUUUCGACUAAGACAGUCUUAAAUGAUAUAUUUCGUCCGCAUGCAAGAUAGACAAAUGGGGCCUUUACUGGAGGGGAAGGCAACAUAGUAUACUGGCGAAUUUGGCCCCGCGCCCCUGUUUAUGUUACCUGCAGUUAAAAUGGUAUGAUUAUCAUAAUGACUGUCAUGUUUCAUUAAAUAUUUAUACAACACAUGUAUACAUGCAGCUGCCCUGAAGAAAAUCUAUAAUUUCAUAAAAAAAAAAUUUUUCAAAUUUUCUUUAUUGGCGUAUUCAAUGCAGACGACAGACUGACGACUGCAAAAUUUUGUACUAGCUUUGCUAUUUUUUUCUAUGAUUCAAUAUUUUUUCAAAAGCUAUAGGAUAAACAAUUCACAGAAAAACUAGGCAAAGUUGUCUGAAGUAUAUACUCAUGCAUGCACGAGGCAAUUUAUACGAAAACGUGUUUUGGAAAACGUGCUCGUCUGUAUAACCGUCUUUCUUAAUUUUAUAUUUUUAAUAAAUAUAUGUUAAUAAAUGCGCAUGAAACGACAAUAAAUCUUAAUAGUGUACAUUGCUUAUUAUACGUAUAUAUUGCAAAACGACAUAAAAUUUCAAAAUCAGUUAAACAUGAGUGAAAGGCAGUCUUCAAAAUACGGAGGCAAUUCUCCCAAAUAGUAGUACAUGCAUCGCAUCUUAGACACUGCCGUAGCACUAAAUAUCGUAUUUUACAUCAUAUAUUUCAUUCUAUAUUAUAAUUUUACCUGCUUGUGCUGUUGUAAUGAUCUCUCCGUUGAUCAAAGACAAAAUAUACAUUCCAUAAAUCGGUGAAAAGUUUGCUUUUAUCUGCCUGAGAAGCAUUUUAAGUUACAAUAGAUGGUUUUUUUCUUAUACACAGAGUACUCGAGUGUAUAGAUCUAUGUAACUAUGGCUCUAUUGUAAUAAAGGACGAAUUUAAUCAUUUAUAUUUACUUAUUAUAUUUACUUUGUUUUAGUUGAAAUGUGCUUAAUUAAUUGAUGACUAUUGUCAACUAGCCAAUCAAACACGAACGAACUUUAUUUAAUUUAGCGUCUAUUUAAUCAGCCAAUCACAUUGAACUAUAGCUCCGCGCUGUUUGGCAGAGCCUCGUCUGCUGAUCGAUGUGGUCGUUAAUCGUGACAGUAUAAAUUAACUGAAAAAUCAACACAUGUUUGAAAUUUCCACUGCCCGGCGUUUAUGUUUAUCUGCGUGUGCAUGCCUUAUAAGCAUGAUAAUUAUAAAAAAUGGUUAAUUUAAAAAAUAUUUAAAAAUUUACUAAAAAAAUUUGAGGAGCUAAUAGCCAAGAACAAAUAUCGAUUAAAUUUUGAUUCGAUUUGGAGGAAAUUGGUGAGAAAUUAACCAAACUUUGCCUUGGUUUCCAUCGCGGGCUUUUUGGUCGGGCGAAGGUAUGUUGCCUCUAAUGUACGCACAAUACUAUAAUACUACAAUUAAACAAUGUGAUGUGAAUAAGUGGACUACCAAAAGCUCACAGCAGCCGAAUAUUCCACAGGUUAAGACUGCCAGUGGUCAAGGAUCUAUUUAUUACUGUACAGUCACCUUAUGGAACUCAUUGGAAACUUCUUGGAAACUAAGUGACUUAACCAAAAAUUGAAAACUCAAUUACUAAACAAGUUUAUAUUAUUAUAGGACUAUAUAGUAUCUCGUUUUGUAUCAAAUUAGUUUAGUUAUCUAUUGUAAAUGAUCACUGGAAAGCCUCAUUGGGGCGUGUUCAUUAAAUUAUUAUGUUGUAAUGUAUUGCAUAGUUCAUAUUUUCCUCCCAGGGGCCAGAUGUUCAAAGCUAGAGUAGCGCUAAUCUAAAGGUUAGAAUUUAACCAGCCGUUUCGAUUUGUGCAUUUCCAGAAUGUUUCAAAACUUUUGAAAAUAAAACAUAAAACUUUUUUUCGUCCAGAGAUGAUUCCUGGGAAAAUAUUUCCAAGUUUAUAACCAAACUGUUGGAGAGGUUGCUUUGGGCCUUUGAAGCUUCUCGUUAACCAAGGAAUAAGCCAACCGGAUUACGAGCAACCGUCCCCAGGAGGCUAUCCCUGCCUCUUAAUGACUAAGUACGCAUGUGAUUGGUUAAUUGGAUAGAUUAAACACAUCUGAUUGGCUAAUGGUCCCGUGGUGGCAGCGGUAAUGGAAGUCAAAUCUAAAUCUUGCCAAUGUCGUAUAAAUUUGAGUACAGUUCCGUCAAUCUAGUUCCUGCCUUUCGCUUUCACGAUGCUGGGGAGAGUUAGAAAGCGAGAAGGUCUAGUAUAAUUCGCAAAUCUGCCCUUCUAGGAACCAUUUUUGCCCUUCGACCUGUAGGUUCUACAUGCAUUGGGAUGAAUAAUGAAGAUAUUUCCAUAUGGUAGUAUGAAUUUGGGAUUAAAACCAAGUUGACCGCCUAUUUCCCUCCCCCCCCCUCCUCUCCCGUUUUGCUACCUUUCCCCCUUCACCGUGUCCUUCUAUUGUUCCGGCGGCCCCAAGGUGUAUUUUAAGUAGAUGUAAAUAUCGUUCCAUUUGUAGCAAUAACAAACAGACUGUUGUCGCCAACGGUUACAUGUUUAACUUGCAGACCUUCGACCUGUUUCCAUGUUGAACCAGUCGGGUGAAGGGCACAUAUACCAAAUCUGUAAUAGAGCACAUUUUCCGAAGUUACAGCAUACACCCUGCCUUGGUAGCCAGCCUUGAGUUGCACGAAACUGCCAUCAACACCAAGCCAACUUGUUCCCUGAGGGUAGCUGAAUGUCACUCCAGUGCGAAAAGCGAUUGAAUUGUCUGGUUUUAUCGCCCAACAGCCAUAAUCUCCGCAUGAAACGUAUUUAAAAUUUCCUGGAAGCGAAUGCCAGUUGUCACCAUACGGUAAUUGGUCCGUGAUGCCAGUCCGACAAAAUAUAACGUUGAAUCUGCAAAAAGAUUAAUUUCAUGAAAUACAGCGUCCGCCGCGCAUAAAUAGGGAGUUUACGAUGUAUGACGCGGUCAGCUCAACGAUGUCGAGUCAAAUUAUGCUUGAAAUAAGCCACAGGAAUUUAUCUAUACUUAAUUAUAUUGAAUUUAUCUUUAAUUGUCUAAAGCAUGUUUUAAUAAUCUUACAAAUGUUUAUAUUGGCCUAAACUACUCCGAUGUUUAGCUGAUGUUGCCAUUCUGUCAACGUUAUAAAACAACUCCCAUGUCGCAACGAGCUUUGAUAUCGCUAGGAAGCCGUGAAAAUUACUCGUUUGACGGUGUCCCAAGAAUAGCAACGCUGUUGACAAAAUAUUUGAAUCUACAAAUUAUUCAUCCCUUUUGUCUCGCAUGACGUGUUUCUUUGUCUUGCAAGCGCGUCGUCGAGCUGGCCGCGUCGUGAAUCGUAAACUCUCUAAUGAAGCCAAUGGCGACCAUAUUGGGACCACCACAAACCUGCAGUGGUGUGUUGAUAUGUUAGAAGAACUUUUUAUAGUUUCUGGUCAUAGGUAGGAAUAAAACGAUAUUGCAAGAGAAACUUUUGCUUUUGAAAUAUGCCAGUGAAUAACUAAUGAUUGACAUUAAUAUGGGCAUCUCAAAUCUCAUUAUCUCGUUAAGAGAACUCAUUAGAAUAGGUGUUGUGGGAAUUUUUCAAGUUACGUAGAGGAAGGUAUUUGCUUGAUGGUAUAACUAAUUUAAAACACGUAACGCUCUGAUUUGUAAGGAAUGUGACAGAUUUAAAAAUCUCUCCCUGGGAAAAUAACACUAAUUCUUAUGUAAUAGUCCUGUAUUCAAAUAAACAAACUCUAAACACGUGUUCGUAACCAAAUAGAUGUAGGAAAUAAAUACCUAUUCACUCCAUAAACAACUCCCGAGCUACCAGCGUCAAUCUGCUUCAAUGAACCCACCAGUUGUCUCCAUCGUGUUCCAUACGGUGUGUCUGGUGCCACACCAAGUCUGAAGUAAAUUUGACGAUGUUUGUUGACUCCAAAAACGCCCGAUUUUCCAACCGUAACAUGAGUUAAUCCGCCGCCCACUUUUAUCCAAGCGCCAUUUUGUAAUGCAAAAAUGUGUUCAUUGUCGAUUCUCGUGGCCCAUGUUUGCACACCGUCACUGUCAAUUUGGGUGAUUUUGCGCUGGUCUCGACGACAACCUUCCAUUUAUGGGAGAAUUGUCGCGUUACGUUAUCUGUUUGGACACAAAAUCAUGAAGAUAAACUAAAACAGAGACCGACUUUAUUUCUAUUGGAUAGCUGUAUUAUUUCUAAACUGUUCUCGUUAAGGACUGCCCUUAUUGGUUCAUUGUUACUCAAGAGAUGAAAGCUGAACUGACCUCGUGUAUGUUUAUUUGAACAAUAUAUAAACUUUACAUUAAUUUGUUCCAAAAGCAUAAUAUGAUAAUCGAGGGAACUUAUGUGCGGCGAGUCUUAUCAAUGAUUAUUCAGAUAGAGUUUCGACAGGUAAUAUCUCUCGGUAAGAGAUUUGACCUCGUGGGGUCAGAGUGGAGAGGGUUAUCAAUUUAUAAAGUAUUUAAGCACCAUUUAAAACACGAACAGGAGUGCUUUAUCAGAUAUAUAACACGAGGCGAUAGUCGAGUGUUUUAUAUCUGAUAAAUGACGGACUGCGAGGGUUAUAAUGGCUUUAAAACAAUUGGGGAAAUAAUUUCAAAAAUCGAUUUUGUCUCGGCCGAGAAAAUCAAAGCUAAAAUUUAUCUAAAUUAACAUAAUUUUUUAUCACAUAUAGAACCACCGACACGGUAGUCAUUCCCUUUGUAUUUUCCUCAUGAAUUAUUAACUUUAUCUAUACUAGAUACUGAAAUAUUUAACUUUAUCUAUACUAGAUAACUCGUCAGUUGUAAACUGUUCUUCCUAGAGGUUCAGCAAGGGUAAAGAUUGGUCCCGUGUUGCUAAUAAGUUGGCCAGAGAGAUGUAUAAGUCUGUAACCACAGUGGCAGGAAGCCGUGAACUAUUAUUAAUGGAUGUAUACGUGAUUAUAUUAUAAAUGAUUUUUCAGAUUAUCUUGACUAUAAUGAAGGAAAUUGAAGUUUCUUACUUCUUGGACAUGACAUACAAUUCGUUGACAUGAAGUUUUCCGGGCAAGCACAUGUACAAACUUUACUUCGACAUAGUCCUCCAUUUAAACACGACACAUUGCAGCAUGACGAUUUUUUAGGAAAGAAAAAAGUUAGCCAUGCCUUUCGGACCCAUUGAAUUGCUUUAAUUGUCGGCUGAUAACAACCUACCAGCCUAGUCCCAGGCUCUCUCUCUAUUCGCUCCUUUGACAUAUUUAAUUAAGUCUUAAAAGUUUUAUGCCUGGGUGUGCUGUGCGGAACGCUUCAGCGAGAGAGCCUAGCAGAUUUCGGUAAAAUGGUCCCUGAUUUCGAAAAAGUGGUCCCUGGCCUGGUUACCAAGCAUAUACCACAUUUGUAAAUAGAAAAUGUUAUGGAAAUUUCCUUUGCGUUUAUAAUUAAGUUAUUAGUUUUGCUCUAAUGCUGUCGGAACAAUGAAAUAGGCUACGUUUCGCUACCAUACGGUCAGAAUGGAAUAACGGGCUAAAUAUGACUCGUGUUUUCUAAAAUAUAAAGCCAUAUUAAAUGCUAUCUAGCAGGUUGAAAAUUAUGCUGUGUCUCGGACUAAAAAUGUUUUGACAACACAGUCAUGUCAGGCAAAUAUAUCCAAUCUAGCUCCUCAGCUACUUAAACCUGUCAAGUAGAAAGCGUAGUUGUGUAUACCAGUAUGGUCUAGUGUUGAUCACAACUUGGAAGUAUAUAAAUAACAUCAACGAUUAUACGACCAUUACUCAGACUCAGUAUCGUAAAUUUGUAUAUAAAUUUUUUUAAUUGAGCACAUUUUUAAUACAGUUUGAAUUUGGUUAUGUAGACAUCGAAUAUGAUCAACGAACAUUGUCGUAUUUACAAGGUUAUUUGUAUAUAUAAAUUUUCCGCCAUAUUAAAAAUACUGAAAUCUGCUAGGCGUUCUGAAGCACCUUUAGCGGUGACGUCACACUUAGGUCCUAGUCUCGUACUACAUCCACGUUUUUUCUCGCGCUUGCUUCAGAACGACUGGGAAUAGGCUGACAACCUACCUAUACGUACUUUACCUACAACAUGCAUACCAACUUACCUACCCCAUACGUACCCCCAACCAAUACCUACCCCCUUUCUACCUACGUAUAUCCAACUAUACCUACCUAUUAACCUAUCUAACCACUGAACUACCACAUUCUCCUUGCCUACUGUAUCUACCCACUUAUCAACCACCUAUCUACGUAUCAACAACCUACCUACAAACUGCGAACCCAUCUACCACCUGUUGUGAUCAAGAGACAUGACCAAGAAAUAUGAAAGGUGUUUAAUAAAGCAAAACUAACAAGCUACAGCAAUACUAAAUUGUGUCAUCGCUGAACAAAACAACAUGCUUCUUUAUAGUCUCAGGCAGUCAGGCUACCAGGCGUAUUGCCAGGCAUGCAGGCAAUUACAAAAUUACAAUAAUAUGAAAUUAACAUAAUCAUUACAACCCCCUUUUUAAGUAAAUGUUUUGAAAAUAGAAAAAGUCAGGUUUAAUAGUAAGUUCUAGUCAAUAUAGAAAUAAUUGUUUAUACUAUGACUCAGUUCAAAACUAUGAUCUCACAAAGUCUCGCAGAUGAGUAGGUGGCUUUACAACUCUACCAGAACGAGUUUGUAUACACUGUUCAUUAUUGUUUCGAACACAAGGUUGUCUUGACUGCGGCCCAGAACGAUCAUAAGUAGAUCUAGGUGGAUGACUGAGAGUAAAGGUUGGUUGAUUUGGUUGUGGUAGUUGUACCGCUAAAGGGUUGGGUGGUAUCUCCAUUUCAUCAUCAACAGCAUCACGCAGAUCGAAUGUUUCCGGCGUGCUAAGAAGAUCUCUUCUAUUUCUUCGAAUGAUUGUUCCUUUCUCUGUUUUAACAGCAUAAGAUCUUGGCUGCUCAACUCUUUCCAUUACUUUUCCCUUCACAUGCCAUGAUUUACCAUCCCUAAUUCGUACUGUUUGUCCUUCUUUAAGAGGUCGCAAAUUCUUUGCAUGUUGAUCGUGAUACUCUUUAACCUUUUGUGAUCCAAGCAAAGUAGGUGACGUUUUCUCAGUUUUUAUUGAAGGAAGGGGCGUUCGAAGAUGGCGAUUCAUUAACUUAAACGCUGGGGACGGGGAAUUGUCAGUUCCAGGAGUUGAACGUAAUGCAAGUAGUGCAAGGCAAGGGUCAUCGCCACUUUUAAGAGCCUUUUUUAUGGUCUUUUUUACAGUUUGAAUAGCUCUUUCUACGAAUCCAUUACUCUUUGGGUAUCUGGGGCUUGACGUAUCAUGUUGGAAACCCCACUCUUUCGCAAAUGUUUUAUAUUGAUGCGAAGAAUAUUGAGGACCAUUGUCACUAACUACAGUCUUAGGUAUACCAAAUCGAGCAAAUAUACUUUUGGUAUGUUGCACAACAGUCGAGGCUAGGGUAUUUGGAAGAGCACUUACUUCAAAAUAUUUCGAUGUAUAGUCAACAACAAUUAGGUAAUCUUUAUUCUUUAACUGAAACAGAUCAGUUCCCACUUUCUCCCAAGGAGUUGAUGGAACUUCAUGGGGAAUCAGUUUUUCAGACGGCUGACAAUUUCUGUUUUCCACACAAGCAUCACACUUAGAAACAAUAUCAACAAUUUCACUAAUCAUACCUGGCCAAUAAAGUGUUGAUCUGGCACGAGCUUUACACUUUUCUAUUCCAAGAUGACCAUGAUGGAUCUUUUGUCGCAUUUCAUCUCGAAGACUUGAUGGUACAAUGAUUCUGUCACAUUUAAGCAAGACGUUUUCAUAUAGCGUGAUUUCGUCUCGAAAACUGUAAUAUGGCCUUACAGCAGGAUCAACUUGUCUCGCCUUGUCUGGCCAUCCAUUUAGUACACAAUUCUUUAAUUUCUGUAAAUCAGUAUCCUUUGAGGUCUCCGUAGCAAACUCGGACAAUUUCGACUUGGAAAUUAUCAUUCUGAUCAUUAAUCAUGUGUACAAAACAAUUUAGUUCAGAUUCAGGUAUUUCUGGAUUUGAAACAUCUAAGAAUGCACGACUGAGUGUAUCUGCUACAGGAAUGUCCUUUCCAGGUACAAACUUGAAAGUAAACAUAUAAGGCUGGAGCCUUAGCAGGAAUCUUUGAAUUCUUGCUGGCGCCUUAAUCAGCGGCUUCGAAAAUAUUGCUUUCAAGGGCUGGUGAUCAUUUUCAACAACAAAGUUUUGUCCAUAUAGAUAUUCCUUAAAUUUCUCACAAGCAAAUACAACACUGAGAGUCUCCUUUUCAAUCUGAGCGUAGUUUUGCUCAGACUGAGUCAAUGAACGAGAGGCAAAAGCAACAGGUUUCCACUUACCCUCCUCUCGUUGCUCAAGAACAGCUCCAAGACCAAACUUUGACGAAUCCGAUGUGACUUUAAUUGGAUCUUUUGGAUUGAAAUGCUUCAAGACUGGAGCUGACGUUACCAUUUCUUUUAACAUUUUCAAUGCAUUUUCUUGCUCGGCUUCAAAAUGCCAUGGAGUGUCCUUUUCUAGCAAACAACGCAACGGUGCAGUAACACUGGCCAAAUCUGGUAUGAACUUAGCCAAAUAGUUACACAUCCCAAGAAAUCUCUGUAGUUCAGUUUUAUUCUGAGGAACAGGCAUGUCAAUGAUUGCGGAAAUCUUCCUUGGGUCAGCAUCGACACCAUCACCAGACAGUACAUGUCCGAGAAAUGUGAUUUGAGUAACACAAAAUUGACAUUUUUUCCGGUUCAGCUUGAGACCAGAGUCUUUAAUUCUAGACAACACCUCGUGUAGACGUUGAUCGUGGACUUCUUUUGUGUCACCCCAAACUAUGAUAUCAUCUUGAGCGUUUGCGGCUCCUUCGAUACCUUCAAUAAUUUCUGCGAUAUCCAACUGAAAAAUUUCGGAUGCAUUUGAGACACCAAAAGGUAAUCUAUUAAACUUAUAACGUCCAAACGGGCUGUUGAAGCACAACAACUUCGAGCUUUCCUCAUCAAGCUUGGUUUGCCAAUAUCCUGAAGAAGCGUCCAGUUUUGAAAAAUACCGAGCACCAGUCAUCUUUGAGAUAAUAUCCUCUGCGGUAGGUAGUUGUAGAUGAGAUCUUUUGAUGGCUUGGUUCAGAUCCUUCGGAUCAAGGCAAAUACGAAUACUUCCAUCUGGCUUUUCAACAACUACUAGACUUGAAACCCAAUCUGUCGGCUCAGUGACUUUGGAUAUAACCCCGAGUUUCUCCAUUCUGUCGAGUUCUUCUUUAAGUUUAGGUUGGAUGGUUAUAGGAACACGUCGUGGAGGGUGAAUAACUGGCGGAACACUAGGGUCAAUAACUAUCUUGUGAACUUUGGGCAGAGUACCAAGUUCUCCAAAGCAACAUUCAAAUUCAGAGAUAAAGCUGGGCAAUUGUUCUUCCUUUGGUUUUACUACCAUCACACGUUUAACUAAGUUUAAGUUCUCACAUGUGGAAAGACCCAAUAUUGGUGGUGAACUCGUUUCUGCGACAAUAAACAGAACAGGUACAUCACGAGUCUUUUUAUGGGCAACUCGAACAAUACACUUUCCAACAACAGGAAUGUUAGUUCCAUUAUAUGCAGUUAACUUCACUUUCGUAUUCUUUAACUAUGGCUUUCGUAUCAACCUAUUAUACUGAGAUUUUGGUAAGACAUUAACUUGGGCACCAGUAUCUAACUUGUAUCUGACAUUACUACCAUUAGUGUCCAUGUCAACUGUCCACUCAGACUCAAUCUCAGACUCGGAACCAACAGUAAAAAUUGUAUAUUCAUUUGACUCAUUUGUCUUAGUGGUUGAGUUCCUUUCUUCUGCACUUAUAACAGGGUUAGUCUGUGUCUCAGUAGUGUCUACAUUAACACUUCCUACAAAAAAUGUGUCAUCGGGUGCAUCAUCAGAAUCACUGGAGUCACAAUUAACGUUUUUGACUGACUUGUUUUUUUCUGGACAGCACCUUGCAAAAUGAUUAAACUUAGAGCAUUUCAUGCAUUUUUUUCCAUAGGCAAUACAGUUUCCCCGUUUAUGAGAAUAUGAGCAAAACUUACAAUUUUUAAUUAGGGACUUAUCGUAACCAACUGAUUCUUUGCCAGAGUUUUUCUUUUCAUCUCUUGCUAACUUCUUUCUAUGAACAGCGUCAACUGAAUUCUUGCCAUCGACUUCUUUCUGGAGCUCUUUUACAUGUCUCUUCGUCUCCUCAGCAGCAUGCCCAAUUUGUAUAGUUUUCAGCAGUGUUAAUUCUGGCUCUCUAAGAAGACGUUCACGAAGACGGUUGUCAUUAAUUCCACAUAUUAUGAUGUCACGAAUGAGGCUUUCACGAAGUGCUUCAAACUCACACUCAGCACUACGCUUUUUAGCUCAGUAACGAACUCAUCAAAAGAUUGACCAUCUCUCUGCUUACAUGUAAAGAAUUUGUGGCGCAUAAAUGUAAUAUUCUUUCUUGGACUACGGUAAUCUUGAAACAUUUGUACAACGACUUUGAAUUUCAUUUCCUCUCCUUCGACGAACUGAAACGUAUUAUAAAUUUCUCUACCUUGCUUUCCGACGCACGUGAGAAGUAUUGAUGUCUUUAUUUUGUCAGAUUUUCCAUCCUUCUCAGUAGCAGUAAGAUAGAGUUCUAGUUCUUGGCGCCACUUCUGCCAAUUUUCAGUAAGGUUGCCUUCGAACCUUAAACAAGAUGGCGGCUCAAAUGUGUCCAUUUCGCUUCACCUUUCAGGCCUUUAGAGCUUAUAUAUAACCAAAUGCGGAACUUAACGACAACUUUAUUGUUUAAAUUACACCUGACACCAUGUGAUCAAGAGACAUGACCAAGAAAUAUAAAAUGUGUUUAAUAAAGCAAAACUAACAGGCUACAGCAAUACUAAAUUGUGUCAUAGCUGAACAAAACAACAUGCUUCUUUAUAGUCUCAGGCAGUCAGGCUACCAGGCGUAUUGCCAGGCAUGCAGGCAAUUACAAAAUUACAAUAGUAUAAAAUUAACAUAAUCAUUACAAUUAUAACAAAUAUACAUCCAAAACUUUCACACCUGUUAGUUCUUCCAAAAAAAGGUGGUUCAACGGAAUCGGAAACAGUAGGACGACGUAAAAUGCAAAAAACAUGGUUUUUCCCUAUCUCGCUCUAUGAUUUUUGACCGGUUGAGCCGCCAUCUUAGAUUUUCAAAUUUGGCGCGCCUCUUCAGCCGAGUCAGCAAUCUAGGUCUCCUAUAUCUAUGGUGGUCAUCGUCACUGAUCUCAAAAAUAUGGCGUACUCUCAUGGAUAGCGGACACUGAUUGGUCCAAUUUAAAGUUUGCAUUAUAACGAUUGUCGUCACUGUCGACUGUAUGACGACAGCGAAAUAGCAAACAUUUCUUGAUUUGAUGAUUGAUAAAUUUCUUGCAAAUAUAUUUCUUGCAAAUAUAUGUUUUGCUCGCAUUUUUGCAAGAUUUUGUAAAUUUCAAGAAAGGGCGAAAGAAUCGGCUAAAAGAAGGGAGCCUACGUCAAAGAAGGUAAGUUUGUUUUAAAUAUUGAUUUUAUAAUUACUUUAAAACCCAACGGCCGCUUUGGCCCUUUGGCCCUUUGGCUUUGCGUAUAUGAAACAACUAAACAAGACAGCUUAUAAUUUCAGUGUAUUAAUAAUAUUGAUUCCUUUUUUAUUAGGCCUAUAUUGAAUUUUUUAAAUAAAUAAAAAAGAAAGCAAAUUAAAUUAUUUGCAUGCGAGAAUUUGAAAUAAUUUUAUUGCAAACUCAAAGUUUAUCGAUAAAACCAUUUUAAUAAUUAAAGGCAGUUUUAAAUAGUUUUAUAAAGAACAUUUUAACGUUUUGCGAAGCUUUUGUGGUUGAAUUUUACCUUAAAUUGAAGCUUAUAUUACGUAUAAUAACAUACCUAACAUAUAUAUGUUGGGAAAUUGAUAAUUUUAUAAUUAAAAGUGAUAUUUUUAGGCGAUCUUUCAUUUGUAAGAACAUUCUUAAAAAAUGAUCGUGUUACCAUGACAACAACUUUGGAAUGGUUUUGUCAGCAAGGCGAGGGUUUCUGCAUGCAUGUAUUUUCUAGUCUAAUAUAUACGAGAGUUUGUAUAUCAGAUAAAGAUCGGAUGCGAAUGUUUUAUAAUCGUACUUAUAAAACGACCCAUCUUAAGCCUUGUCUAAGCCCAGAAAAUCAAAGCUGAAGUUUAUGUAUAUCAGGACAAAUUUUUAUCUGAUUUACAAACAUUGAUUAAACAUGGGUGUUUGUAUUCCGAGUAAUGAGUAAUGAGUAAUGAGUAAUGAGUAAUGAAUUUUCGUACUUGCUUUGGAAAAAUAAACCAUGAAAAUAUUGACAGUGAUUCUACACACUCCUUGCCGUGAAUAAUUAUAAUGCUGUGACGAUGUCAUGGUAUGAUCAAAUAUGGCCAUAAUUUCGCUUAUGGUAUACUCGUUUUUAGCAUGAUGUCACAUAUAUACUGUAUUAACCAAUUCAGCCUUCAAAACGAUCGUCCCCAAGUUGAAAAAUUACAUGUUCGCAAUAGUAUACUGUAGAAUACAAGUGCUGUGGUAUAAAGGUUGUUUUAUGAUAAAUUUCGGCCGACAUAUUUGUUUUGCUAUCUGCGAUUCUGCGGUCAUGCAGCCAGUAUAAAAUCCGCAAUUGACGCCCAAACGUUGUCGAAAACUAAGUUUUCAGUUUAUAAAACCAAGAUAUUACUCUUUAAAUAAAAAAAAAAACACGAAAUUUCUGCUCACUCUGGAUUUUUGUCGACCGCUAUAUUAGUGUUUACUUGUAUUCUACUAUUGCGAACAUGUUAUUCAACUUAGAGACAAACGCUUUGAAGGCUAAACAGUCUAAACUGGUUAAUAUGUGACAUGCUAAAAACGAGUAUGCUAUAAGCGAAAUUAUGCAGGCCAUAUUUGAUCAUACCAGUUUAAACUGCUGACACUAUCACAGCAUUAUAAUUAUUCACGGCUAGAA